CCCAACUGGUAGCUUUCCCUGCAGGGAUAUAAAGGAAAAACUUUUUGUUAAAAAUGGCAUUUGAGUAUUUGGUAUACGUUUUAUCCCAAGAUGAGGAGAUAAUAAGUCCUUCAUCAGUAGAUAGACGUUUGCUUCGAGAAGUGGACAGCCCUUUCCACUUGGCUGCAACUGAGUUUCGUAACCUUUACUGUUUAACCCCAGACUUGGUUGAAGAUAUUGUUUCCCAGCUUGAUAGCCAAUUGUGGGGUCGAAGAAUAACUGCGAUAACGGCAGAGAAACAGGUUAUAACUGCCUUGCGAUUCUUCGCAACUGGCUCUUAUCAACGUCCCAUCGGAGAGCAAUGGGGGAUAUCCAUGAGCCAGUCGUCCGUAAGUCACUGUAUACAUUGCGUAACGGAUGCAAUAAACCGCACCAUGUUUUUGGCAAAGGUUAGGUUUCCAAUGACCCAAAUAGAGCGGAAAGCUGCAAAAGAAAUUUUCGCCUCAGCAUCCGCACCAUUUGUAGGAGGUACUAUUGGGGCUAUCGAUUGCACUCAUGUGUCAAUCAUGAGCCCAAAAAAUCAUGAAGAAGCGUAUGUCAACCACCAUGGAUACCAUUCUUCAGUGUGCAAAUGAUAUGUGAUCCAAAUUUAAAGAUAUUGGCUGUCAAUGCUAAAUACCCAGGAGAGCGACGCGAUUCAUUUAUUUGGAGCUCCUCUGCAGCGAAAUUUUGAAAAUGGAAACCAUAACAUGUUUUUUAUUGGUGACUCAGGAUAUCUUUUGGAGCAGUGGUUGAUGACUCCUCUACCAAACUAACCAGAAGGGAGUCCUAAAUUCCGCUAUAAUGAGGCAUUGUGCAAAGCUCGAAACCCAGUCGAGAGACUUUUUGGCGUUCUCAAAGGAACUUGGCGAUGCUUAUCUCAGCAAAGGACUCUUUUGUAUGAUCCUGGAUCUACUGGAAAAAUAGUAAAUGCAUGCACAGUGUUGCAUAACUUGCGAUUGGGUGACCAAACAUACGAUCCCGAGAGUGAGUUCCCAGAGCCAAGGUCAAAUAGCUGUAAUGUAAAUCACGACGCGCCGUCUUCAACAGCAAAACGCGUCCAAGACCGGCUAAUUGCAAAUUAUUUUACAUAAAUAAAACGUUAAUAAAUAAAAAUUCAGAAGAAAUACAAUAAAAUUAC